GAUUCAUUUCUUCUUCCUCCCAAAGAACCAGCGACCUGUUACAAAUUUUCUGUCUGUUCCAUUCAAGGGUUGUCUUCCACAUUUUCUAUGAGUUCCAUCAUCACAAAAAGAAACCCAACUCAUUUAACAGUAAAAAGCCUAUUCAAACCAACAUAAAUAAACCAAAAAACAGGUCCCACUAUUUACACCUACCUUUUACAAAAUAUUAUACAAAAUAUAUAAAGUAAACACCUACUUCCUACCUGCUGCAGCCAUCUGCAUCAUCAGUGAAUUUUCAUCAUCAAUUUCCGUUGGGUUUCCAAAACGCGUUCUCCGAACUUUAAAUAAGCGUUUUUCACUACUACAUUUGGUCACUUCACUUCAAAGUCUCGAGGUGUGGAAGUUAGAGAUGGUUACAAAAAACACAUAUGAGGUACAUUUACAAGCAGCAUUGGUGGAGUUACAGAAAGCAGUAGCUUCACAAUUAAAAAAAACUGCGAAAUUUAGAACUCUACUCAAGCGCAUCGAUAAAACCUUGAGGACCAUUGAGUCACUUUUGUAUGCAAAUGGGAGAUUGGCCAGAGUGCUGGACCGCCCUGAAAAAGAGACCAAAAUGUUCAUAUUUUACCUGGAGAAUGGUAAAGAAACAGUCCUCAAGUGCUCAAAGAUCAAGUGUUGGAAUGUGUACAAGAAGUUUGUUCACGCGAAUAAGCUUAUUCGCUUGGAUCAUGAGCUAUUGAGGUUCUUUCAGGCUGAAUUACAGGAUAACCUGAGUGUUAAAUUCAGGGGUCUUGAUUUGGGAACUAAACAGGCAGGUGGAUUUUCAAGAUCUUGCAAAGUUCCGGGGCUCCCGGAUGUCAUUGUUGGUUUGGAUUCUCAUUUUAAAGAAGUGAAACGCAUGCUGCUCAAAGAUGACAUCCAGGUGCUCACUGUUUCAGCUCCCGGAGGCUGCGGGAAGACUACAUUGGCGAAAAUGCUUUGUCAUGAUAAUGAUAUCAAAGGUAUUUUUGGGGACAACAUCUUCUAUGUUACUGUUUCUAGAACUACAUCGCUCAAAACCAUUGUCCAGAAGUUAUUUACACAUCAUCUUAAUGUAAACAACUGUGAGUUCCGGACUGAUGAAGAGGCAAAGAACGCGCUAGAGAAAAUGAUGAGACAAAUGGGAUCACAAAAGAUAUUGCUGGUCCUAGAUGACGUGUGGGCCAAAUCUGAAUCGCUUAUUCAGGAACUGAAAUUUCCUAUACCAGGAUACACCAUCUUGGUCACUUCAAGGUUCCAGUUUUCAGGAAUUGGUUUUACUUACGAAUUGAGCUUGUUAAAUGAUGAAGAUGCAAGAACCCUUCUUUGUCAUUCAGCAUUUCCCUGUGACGGGAAUCAGAUUGAUGUGCCAGAUGAUCUUGUGAGCAAGAUGGUUAAGUGCUGCAAGGGAUUUCCAUUGGCCCUCACAGUGAUUGGUGCAUCGUUACGCGGUCAAGGUGUGCUCAAGUGGAGAACAACUUUACAGAAAUGGUCCCAAGGUCAAUCUAUUUUUUAUUCAAACAGCCAGAUAUUGCUUAGUCUUCGGACCAGUGUUGAUGCACUUGAAGACUCGCCAAUAUCCCAUGACUGUUUUCUCGAUUUGGGUGCAUUUCCUGAAGAUGAAAAGAUUUCCGCUUCGGCUCUGAUGGAUAUGUGGGUCGAGUUAUACAAUCUUGACAAAGAAGGAAUGUAUACCAGUGAAUACCUUCUUGAGCUUUCUUCAAGAAAUCUUUUGAAUCUUAUUCCCUCAAGGAAGGAUGCUAGUGAACUAGAAGGUUACUGUAACGAGCAUUAUGUCACGCAACAUGAUCUGCUACGAGAAUUAGCCAUUCAUCUGAGCAGCCAAGAUCCAAUAGUACAAAGAGAAAGAUUAUUCAUAGAAAUUCAUGGGAAUGACCUACCUGAGUGGUGGAGUGAAGAAACACAACAACCCAUUGAUGCCCGCUUCUUGUCCAUUUCAACAGAUGAAACAAUUUCUUCUGUUUGGUAUGAUCUAAAAGCACCAAAAGUUCAAGCAUUGGUAUUGAACAUAAGAAGUAAAGAAUACACACUGCCCCACUUCAUCAAAAAGUUAAAUGAAUUGAAGUUUCUAUGCAUCACAAGCUAUGGGAUUUAUCCUACUGAGUUACAAGAGCUUCCAUUGAUUAGUUCUCUGUCCAACUUAAGAAGAAUGAGACUGGAACAUGUCGCACUUUCUCCCUCAGUUCAGUCCAUCUUUGAAUUGAACUUGGAGAAGCUUUCUUUGAUAAUGUGUGAGAUUGGUAAUGCAUUAGACAGUUGUACUGUUGACCCUACUAUGCUACCUAAUCUUAUUGAGCUUGAGAUUGAAAGCUGUUAUGAUUUGAAAGAAGUACCAGCAGGACUAUGUAGUCUUGAUCGUCUUGAGAAACUUAGCAUCACCAACUGCCAUGAGCUCGAUGCGCUUCCUGAAGAGUUGGGGGGUCUGUCGAAUUUGGAAACGCUAAGACUUCAUUCUUGUACCAGAUUAUCCAAAUUGCCCAAGUCUAUUGGGAAGCUUCAUAGUUUGGUCUUUCUUGAUAUAUCUGAUUGUUUGAGUAUAAACUCACUGCCUGAUCAGAUUGGCGAGCUAAGCGGGCUGAGAGUGCUCAAGAUGAGUGGUUGUCAUGGAUUAGAAGAGUUACCGGAUUCUGUGACCAAUUUGACUAUGUUAGAAGAUGUGAUAUGUGAUGAAGAGACAUCCUAUCUAUGGAGUUAUUACGAAGGGGAUCUAUGUGAUUUGAAGAUAAAUGUUGUCGAAGAGGACCGAUUAGCAAACUUCAUGAAAAUAGUUGGCUAGUUCUUCUAACGGAAGAAGGCAGGCCUAAAGGUGUCCCAAGAAUGGUAUGUUGUACUUAAUUUUAAUAAAUGGUUUAAUUUGGAGGUUAGUUUCCAAUUAGGAGCGGUAUGUUGUACUUUACUUCUUUAUGUUUACUAUGCAUUUAAGUUUUAAUUAGUAGAUGAACAAGCGUGAAUCAGUAUUUCCCUUACAAAUA